GUUCCUUUAAUCUUCGUGGGUUUGUGCAAGCUGCACUACAUACCUUGGCAAUGCAUCCUUCCCACACAGUUUUGGGAGCCCAGCAGCUCAACUGCAACUUAUAGCCCGGCUGCGUGCAUUUACUGCCUUGCAUAUACUAAUGUGCUAAAGCUAGUUUGUACGACUUCCUUAUCAAUCGGAACGAUUGCGUACGCAUACCUGUUCAUACGCUAGCUAGCUGGGCAGUUAAGCUAUCACGCGGUUAGGUUCCAGCCGUGACCGCCAAUUGGUUGCAGCCUGAAGGACGCAAUGGGUGCUGGUUGCUCCUCAGACAACCAGGAUGUGGAACCAACAGUUGACGCAAGCGGGAAGUCUACGCUGAAAAAAGAUGCCUCCACUAGAAACGGCAAUGCAAGUCGUAGAUUCCGCGAAGACCUGGCCGCGCAGUUCCAAGCAGAGUAUCCGGAAGACGAUGACCCGCUUGCCUUUGCCAAGGGCUCCAGAGAACGCACCCUUCUCAAAGUCUUCCAUCUUCUCGAUAAAGGCAAUGUGGGCUACAUCCAGAUUCCUGAGUGGAACGACUAUAUUAUCGAUGUGGGCCUGACCACGCAUGCUCUUACGAAAGAAUUGAAAUGGAUUCUGGUGGAGCAGAAGGCGAAGACGGGUGCGGCCCACCCUCGGGUCACCCCAGCCCAGUUCGUGACGGCAAUGGCCAAUAUGGUCUCCUCCAUGGAUGAUCCUGAGUUUGGGCGCUUCAUCGAGCGCUCACUUACCCUGCACCGGAGCAAGAAGGCCCAGCCCAACGACCCCGCAUUCGUGGAGGACCCUGUGAGCCCCAUGGAGGCCCAGCAGUGAGCUGCUGCUGUGAUCGGAGGGGAGUACAAAGCAGGAUCACGGGAAGAUAACAGGGAAGAUCAUGGAUAACAAGCGAAGAUCACGGAUGAUAAGGGAAGAUUAAGAAACGGUAACAAGAAACCGCCCAUCAUGGAAAGGGAUGGGAGCGCCACAAAGCAAAGCGCCACAGCAUGGACACAUGGAUCGACCUUGCUUGCGUUGCACACCUCCACCUUGCGUUGUACACCAGCGACUGAAUGCAUGAGAGUAUGACGCAGGCCGCCCUGAAGUAGUAGCACGAUGCCUAACGUGUUCCCUGUUGCCUCAACGAGGGGCAGGGGCUAGGCGUUCUGUCCAUCGCACAAGUGUAGUAUGUCAGGGGCGUGUUGGCAUAGUUGUUACAUGCAGAGCCAGUUUUGCGGCGCCGCUGCCGCCGCUUUCUUUGCAGCAACUCCAGGAGCAGUGCUCACCUGGAUAAUGCUUAUGGGCCAGCAGCCUAGGGGCCGAACUACAACCCCCGCAGUAUAUAUGCUUUGGGUACCUGGGUCGUAUUUUGCGCUUAUGCAUGAUCGUGUUUUAUGCUAUUUGUGCUGGAUUUCGCAGCUGUUGUGGAUCCAUGCUGGGUUUCGCAGCUGUUGUGACAUCCAUGUAGAUAUCGUAAGUUCGUUAUGGAGUGAACCCUCGUUGGUUUGACCGUGCAUUUUGAGUAUGCAUGAUCCCGCCUUUCUGUACAAACGUUUAGUCGUUAGGGGGGUUACAUAGAUGGCCGCUGGAGGCAUGUUGAUUGUGUGUGUCCUGUCUUGCAGGUUUGUCCGCGUUUGUCCAAUGCACUCUUGCUCGGCACAGCUCACCAGUCGUACUCCUUUCCAGUUGAUUCUGGGGACGUGGUGUUGUCUUAGCUGGUGGGUAGCUUCACCUCUAUCCGCAGCUUGUCGGCCUUUUGAUGGGACGCUCGUGCUGUUAACUAACUAACCGUGGAUGGCGCCUAUUGUGCACGCAUCUGCAUGCUGCUGAAUCCUCGAGGUAUGCUCCAUGUGCACAAUUGCAUGUGGUCGUACUUCCUCUGUGUGUGGCAUAUAACGUAGCGUAAGCACGCUCUCUUUGAGCUGUUUCUCUUACCGAAGUAUAUUGUACGACACCGCUGUAGCAAGUGGAGUCAAGUUGCCAACGGCCAAGUUGCCAACGGACCGGAGGACCAACCAUAUGAUAACAUCCUGUGCGACUAUUCGGGUUGCGAUUGUAUACGUUUUUUGCAUGGUUGGCUUUCCUUAUUACCUCCGCCUUGCUCUCAGUGGACUAGAACGUUUGUAGGCUCUGCGCCUUGCCGAGACUUGGACGUUAAGGUGUUUAGAUGGCAAAAUGGGACGUAGGGCCAUGCAUGGGUUUCGGGGACAACUGCACAUUCAACAGGGGUGCUGCCAACCGUGUCUCGCGAGGGGGGAGCGGCGGUUAGGUGACCUAAUGUGUUAGGCGUUGUCUUUGUAAGUUCAUAACACUAGUUACCGGUAAGCGAAUCCACAACAAUGAAAUAUGGACCUCGUGUAGUUGUGACUGUUCAAGAAAGGCACCAUGCAUCC